ACAGAACAUCCAAAUAAAUCCCUACCUCCGCUUAUUCUCUGCUUCCGCAGAUCUUCAUUUUUCAUGUGUGCCAUACGACCUGUUGUUACUUAGCUUUUAAAUCCGUGGCUGUUGCAUUUCAAGUGGAUCAAAAUGGUUGUUUUAGCGGCUUCUAUUAUAAGCAAAUCUGGCAAAGCACUUGUUUCGAGGCAAUUCGUUGAUAUGUCUCGCAUCAGAAUUGAGGGGCUUCUCGCAGCUUUCCCCAAGUUGGUUGGAACAGGAAAACAGCACACUUAUAUUGAGACCGAAAAUGUACGCUAUGUAUAUCAGCCAAUAGAGUCUCUGUAUUUGCUGCUUGUCACAAAUAAACAGAGUAACAUUUUGGAAGAUCUAGAGACACUGAGGCUGCUCUCCAAAAUCGUACCUGAAUAUUCGUAUUCUCUAGAUGAAGAGGGCAUUUGCAAGACAUCUUUUGAGUUGAUAUUUGCAUUUGAUGAGGUUAUCUCCCUUGGGCACAAGGAGAACGUUACCAUUGCCCAAGUGAAGCAGUAUUGUGAGAUGGAGAGUCAUGAGGAGAGGUUGCACAAGUUGGUGUUGCAGAGCAAGAUCAAUGAGACCAAGGAUAUCAUGAAACGGAAAGCCAUUGAAAUUGACAAAAGCAAGAUUGAUAAGAAUAGAGGUGAGAAAGGAGGGUACAUGUCUUUACAAUCAAUGGGUUCCGGAAGAAUUGAAAGUGGUUUUGGUAGCGAUAUGAACAUAUCGAGCACUGGAAGUGGCUCUGGGUUUGGACUAAACACUGAUGUGGACUCUUUCUCAAGCAAGUCCAAAGGCCGUCCACCUGCAUCUGCUACGGCUCCUCCAAAAGGGCUUGGUAUGCAGCUAGGUAAAACACAAAGGGCGAACCAGUUUUUGGAAUCGUUGAAAGCUGAGGGUGAAGUGAUUGUCGAGGAUGUGCGCCCCAGUGUUGGUCAGUCCAAGCCAGCUGCUCCACCACUAACUGAUCCUGUCACAUUGACUGUUGAAGAGAAGCUCAAUGUGUCACUGAAGCGAGAUGGUGGGGUCAGCAACUUUGAUGUUCAGGGAACCUUGUCUCUCCAAAUCCUUAAUCAAGAAGAUGGGCUUAUCCAAGUUCAGAUUGAGACUGGGGGUAAUCCAGGCAUCCUUUUCAAGACGCACCCUAACAUCAACAAAGACUUGUUUUCGAAUGAAAAUAUUCUAGGCCUUAAAGAUCCUAACAGGCCAUUUCCAGCUGGUCAAUCUAGUGAUGGUGUCAGUCUCUUGAAGUGGAGAAUGCAGAGUGUAGAUGAAUCAGUUGUGCCAUUGACGAUUAACUGCUGGCCUUCUGUUUCUGGAAAUGAAACUUAUGUAAGCAUUGAGUAUGAAGCUUCUUCAAUGUUUGAUUUGCAAAAUGUUGUCAUUUCGGUACCUCUUCCAGCUCUUAGAGAGGCGCCGAGUGUGAGACAAAUUGAUGGGGAGUGGAGGUAUGACUCCAGAAAUUCCAUUUUGGAAUGGUCCAUACUUCUCAUUGAUAACUCAAACCGCAGUGGAUCAAUGGAGUUUGUUGUUCCUCCAGCAGAUUCGUCCGUCUUCUUUCCAAUUUCUGUGCGUUUUACUGCUUCAAAUACCUUCAGUGACCUAAAGGUUCUCAAUAUCUUGCCAUUGAGAGGUGGAACUGCUCCCAAGUUCUCUCAGAGAGCACAGCUAUCCACAGAAAACUACCAAGUGGUGUAAUUUGAAGUGUCCCUACGUCGGUAUUUUGCUGUCGAUAUCUCUUUAUUAAGAUUUUGGAGAUUUGUUUGUUGUCCUAAAUUUAGUAUACCAAGGCUGAUGCUCGUUUUUCAUUCAAUUAUAAUUCGAACUUCGAGACAACUGGUGCUGGAUAUGAUUGUUAUUCUCAUUUGCUUGAACUCUAAUAUGCUUUUGUAUGAGAACUACAUACAUAUAGUUAUAUUCUGUGGUGCUUGUUUAGGC